GACCCCAAACAUUGAUCGCCUGGCAAAGGAAGGAGUGAAACUGACCCAACACAUCUCUGCGGCUCCACUUUGCACCCCCAGCAGAGCAGCUUUCCUCACUGGCAGAUAUCCCCUCCGAUCAGGGAUGGAUGCCAUAAACCAUUACCGUGUUAUUUUUUGGAAUGCUGGCUCAGGAGGGCUUCCUCCGAAUGAAACCACUUUUGCCAAAAUACUGCAGCAGCAAGGCUACAGCACAGGACUGAUAGGGAAGUGGCACCAAGGACUUAACUGUGAAUCCCGCAACGACCAUUGUCAUCACCCUUUAAACCACGGGUUUGACUAUUUUUAUGGGAUGCCUUUUACACUAAUAAGUGACUGCCAACCAACGGAAACACCAGAGAUGGACAGAGUCUUUAGAAGGAAACUCUGGCUUUACACUGAGAUGAUUGGCCUCGUUACACUCACCGCUGUCCUAGGAAGACUGACCGGCUUGAUUUCAGUCCGCUGGAAAACGCUGACCUGCCUUGCUGGGUUUAGUCUCCUGUUCUUCGUAUCCUGGUUCUCAAGUUACGGGUUUGUACGAUACUGGAACUGCAUUAUGAUGAGAAACCAUGAAGUUACUGAGCAGCCAAUGGUGACAGACAGGACUACGUCCCUUAUCUUGAGAGAGUCCAUUUCAUUUAUUGAAAGAAAUAAGCACAAGCCAUUCCUCCUCUUUCUUUCCUUUUUACACUCCCACACCCCUCUUCUCACCACAGAGAAGUUUCUUGGGAGGAGCAGCCAUGGUUUAUAUGGAGACAAUGUAGAGGAGAUGGACUGGAUGGUGGGCCAGGUUCUAGAUGCUAUUGACAGGGAAGGCUUGAAAAAUACUACACUAAUUUACUUUGCUUCUGAUCAUGGUGGAUGGCUGGAAAGAAAAGAAGGCAAAAGGCAGCUGGGCGGCUGGAAUGGAAUAUACAGAGGUGGAAAAGCUAUGGGAGGCUGGGAAGGAGGAAUCCGAGUCCCAGGGAUAUUUAGAUGGCCAGGAGUGUUACCUGCAGGCACAGUUAUCGAUGAACCUACAAGCCUUAUGGACAUUUAUCCUACAGUAGUUCAUCUGGCUGGAGGGGUGCUACCCCAGGACAGGGUAAUUGAUGGCCGGGAUCUGAUGCCUUUAUUGCGAGGAACAGUUGAGCACUCAGAGCAUGAGUUCCUGUUUCAUUACUGUGGCAUUCACUUACAUGCUGUGCGGUGGCACCAGAAGGACAGUGGAGCCAUCUGGAAGGCUCAUUAUGUGACCCCUGUCUUCCAUCCACUCGGGGCUGGGGCUUGUUAUGAUAGAGGAUUUUGCCCAUGUUUUGGGGAAGGUGUGACCCAUCAUGACCCUCCGUUGCUGUUUGAUCUCUCGCGAGACCCUUCUGAAGCCAAACCUCUGUCGGCUGACCCCGCGCUCUUUCACACUGUAAUAAGGAAGAUUGGAAGAGCCAUAGAAGAGCAUCGCAGGACGCUGACUCCAGUCCCAGAGCAGCUCUCCUUGUACAAUGUCGUGUGGAAGCCGUGGCUGCAGCCAUGCUGUGGGACGUUCCCAUUCUGUUGGUGUGAUAAGGAAGGUGAUAAUAAACUUGCUGACCAAUAAAGGAAAGAACCAACGUUACUUCCUCAAAAGUGUUUUUAGAUCAGGAGUGUUUUCUUUGGGGGUGGUGUU